ACGCUGGUUGGAGGGCGGCGGGCCUGUGAGAGGGCGAGGACGAGGGUUAAGCGCCGGCCUCAGGCCGCCUGUGAUCAAACCGGCCGGGCUGCAGCUGGUGGGAUGCACUAGUCCUCUGAAGAGUCAAGACCUGCACCCUUUUCCCUUCUCCCCGCCCACGGCUUGUUGCCUCGUGUGCUAUUUUUAUACCCAGGAUGCAUCGCGUUGUCUCCACGGUCAGUGGAUCGAACCCACGAUGCCCGUCGAACGGUUGAUACAUACCGACUGGACCUGCUGGGCCUGCAAGCCGCCGCCGCCUCUGGUUGGGUCAGGCCGCUGCUGUUGCAAAGAAUAGAAAUCGCCCUCAGCCCUCAGCCAUGGCUCCGUGUUCGGUUGGCCCUGCAUCCUUCCGUUAGUAUGAAUAGCUGGCGAUCUUCGAGCAAUGCUGGCGACGAGCCGCCGUCUGGUGCAUAUUCCCUCAGCGGCUGGCCAACACCUCAUACCACCAGCACCCAACCGUCUCCUAGUCGCCGAGAGCAUGCCGUACAGCCCCCUCCUCUGACAACAACGUUAAGUGGCCAUCAGUUUCAGGGACUUGGGCUGGCACUGGGAGCAGGCUACACAGGCACGCCUCUCUCGUCGACUUCGUUGUCCAGUCCAUUCACCCAAGGCUCGCCCGCCGUAGCCUCGCCUGGGGGGGCGGCAAUCGGAUCAUCACCAAUGGCAUCGAGACAGUACAACGUGCCUUACAAUCCACAGGAUUGGGGUCCUGUGGGUAAUGGGUCACUGAAUGCUGGCCAAGCUUCGUAUCCACAAGCAAAUAACAUGCUACGGAUUGUCUCCCAGCCACGGUCAACCGGACCUCGCUCAGAUGCAUCUUUAUCGCCUCCGCCUCCGCCCUACUCACCUCCAAGUCAACAACAUCAGAGAGACAAUGUCAGCCAGAAUGCUUCCUCAAUGGGCUCGACAUCGCCGAGCAUUGGCUCCUCCUUCAAUGGGACAGCGCGGGAUGCCUCAUUGGAUUAUCGACAACGUCGCCUUCCCCGAACUCGCCCUCUGUCCAUGGCUGUGCCAAGUGAGACAGGCCACAACAGACGAGUCUCGUUACCUCCGCCUCCACCGCUACCCCCAAGCAUCUCAUCCAGAUCUUCUUCUCAAAAUCGAGUUGACGCCUACGGAGAACCGACCUCGGUUAUGGCAGGAUCGAGGCCGCACAUUGUGGUUUCACCAGAAAACCUACGUUUCGCCCAAUUGACCGACGAGAACCACAUGUUUGAGACCGCCCAAUCUUUUGAUACGGACCGCCCUCCAGCUGCAAGAAGGGCUGUUUCAGCUGGACCUGCUGUGAACAGUGCGAGCUCAUCGAGGGCUCAUAGUCAGUCUGGAACCCGGUCCCCCUCGGGACCUGGUUGGGAGCCAGGGAUGCCUCUGCCACCACCACCUCCUGGACCACCACCAGCAACAAGAUCGCAGAGUGUGAGUGGGCGAUCCGAUCCAUCGUCUUUCCGGAAUUCGCAAGCUCCUGUCAGAACAGGCAGGGCGCGGCCUCCCCCGGUUCUUGGCACAAGUCUUGACAGCAUUCCACCAACACCAGCUGGUUGGGUGGACGAAGGAUCAGCUGAGGCUAAGAGCAAAGGAGACAGACUUCCACUUACCAUUGACACAGCAACGACAUCGAGCGUGGGUGGGCCAGAAUCUCUCGAGUCGUCCCGCACGUCCCAAAAUCCCAAUAGUGGUGGUCUUUUUCGGAGCCCAGCUAUCAAAGAUCCGAACGCUAAAGGCAUUCGAGAAAGGAGAAUCGAACGUCGGAACAGGCAGAGCCAGGUGUUCGAUAACCUCAGUGCUGUCUCCAUGAGCAGCAACCCCUGGGCUGAAGCUCUUGAACAACUCAAGCCCUCCAACCUGGUCUUGGGAGAAUCGGGCGUGGAUUCAGAUAAUGCUCGAACCCAGUCUUCGGCAAAGUUCACGCCUCGUAGCACUCGGAGCAUUGGCUCUGAUGGGCCGCCGCAGGUCACCUCACGGUCACGAGCCUCUUCUGGGGGCUUAUUUUCGAAUCGAUCCUGCUCCACCCCUAAGGCAGAGCCAAGCCCUCAGGGGCCGACCUCUACUUCGGGGUUUGCGCAAACACCGCCGUUUUCCCCAGGCACCGAAAGGUCGUCUACAUUUCCCAAACGAACAUCGCCAGCAUUGCCCCCCAAAGCAUUGCCAACGCCUCCGCUGCAAUCCGGGCAAGACACAACGCCCUCCCGACCCGGGUCCAAGGAAGACCGACCGGUAUCGCAUAUACUGCACUUGCCAAACGAUGCUGUCACCACGGUCUCUCCCUUAGCCCCGCGUCGUGUGAUAACACAGCAAGGGCCCUCCCUUGACUCGGUUGUAAAUCGCGACGACGAAUUUGUCCGAAGUGCCAUGCAGAGACAUCGCGAGUUCAUUGAAAAGGAGGCCGACUCCGUGGACGAGAAAGAGGCAUUGCGGUUGUUUGCCGAGUUUAUCAUCUCCGAAUCCCAAAUCAGACGUGAGAGAUAUGCUAAAGUGUGGAAUCUCGAUUCCUUCGACGUCGAAGAUGUUCGCCGUAAAUUGUUUGUAUGCCCUCCCAAACCGGUGUUAAUACAGCAGGCAAGCCAGGUAGCACCUGGGCCGUCGUCUAGGAGGGCAUCUAAUCCUGGAGUACCCAAACUGGAUAUACCUCAGACACGCCCAGAAUCCGCGUGGUGGAGCAACUACAAACCAUGCCUCUCGCCAAUCGCAAGCCUGGGAUUGAGCAAUGACGAGAUGAGUUCGCGGGGGCGGGCGCCUAGUCGUUGGUGGGAGUCAAAGACCGGAUCUAGCAGUGAAGGGGGGGAGCGAAGAGUGCAGCGUUCAAAGAGGGAGACCAAAUAUAUGGGGUUAUCGCGUGGAGCCCUGCAAUGGGAAGAGAGCCAGGGCUCGUCUGACACAGGGAACGCUGGCGCGUCCAAUGGGGCCAAUCAAUUCGCCGAGUACGGCCCCGAUGAAUACCCUCCCGAAAAGGUUGGAUGGCACGAGGAGCCUGCUCUGGCGGACUAUCCUAACAACGUCCGUCCUGGGUUUAUCAGGCGAUCGGAAGAGGCACAGAAAAUGGACGUCUCAAGGCUGAUUACCUUGCCACCGCCAUACCCCAGGCACUAUCCCGCUGUCAACAAUAGCCACCCUGAUCUCGUUACUUACCGGACGUUGGUCCGAUCAAUAACAGAUUUGACGGAGAUCAAGGCCACCAGACAACGGCACCAAACAGAGAUGGAUGUUUUGUUCCAAGGCCACCAGGCACGAGUCAAAGAGGGUCGUCGGCAGUUCAAGGCCAACAUCCAAAGCCAGAUCCAACAAGGCAGUAUCACAUUCGCAGAGGCCGCGGAAGCAGAGGCUGCGUUGAUAGUAGAAGAGAAUCGGCUUGAAAGGGAGCUGACCAAGAGCGGACUGGAUACUUACCAAGAGUCCGUAUUGAAGCCAAUGCGUGUGAUCCUCACCGAUCGAAUCGACAGGGCUACCGCUUGUAUUGAUGAGUUACGCGGCAGACUCUUCGACGACGCCCGGUCUGAAACGCCCGAUCAAACACAGGAGGAAGGGGAUGAAAAGCCAGAGCUCUUGGAAAAGCUUACGCAGCUCAAGUGGCUGUUCGAAGCACGUGAGCAGUUACACCGCGAAGUGUUUGAUUUGAUCAGCGAUCGGGAUGAGAAGUAUAGAGCUGUGGUCCUGCUACCCUAUAAGCAGGCGUCCAACGAGGAUAAAGUGCGCGAGACGAAUGAUUUCUUUGUCACGGAUGCAUUGGACCGCCGGGUGAACUUUGAGGCCGAUGCUCUAGCUCGCCUCGAAUCCUUUCUGGAUGUGAUUGAGGAGAAUGUGGCCCGAGGGGUGGAAAUCCAGCUGUCAGCGUUCUGGGAUAUUGCACCGUCACUGUCAGCGUUGGUGCAGCAAAUCCCUGAGAAGCUCCGCGGCUUUACGAUACAGAUUCCCGCUAACGAAUACGACGAGAACCCGAGUUAUCGUUCACAUCCCUUGCAGUACCUCUAUACACUGGUGUCUCAUGCCGAAAAGUCCAGCUACCAAUACAUCGAGUCGCAAAUCAACCUUUUCUGCCUCCUGCACGAGGUCAAAUCUGCUGUUAUGAAAGCUAGCUGCAAACUGAUGGAGGCGGAGCGGAUUCGUCUCGGCGAUCCCGAGGAUAAAGUGCAAGAGGAGAUGCAGGAGUCUCGAGCGGAUGAAGAGCGCACGUUGACAAGCGAUCUGAAAGACAAGGUGGCUACGGUGGAGGGCCAAUGGGCAGAAGCCCUGGGCAGUGAUAUCCAACGAUUACGCGAACGGGUCAAAGAACAGCUAGUGAUUGAAGAUGGCUGGGAGGACAUGGAGCAGCUGGAGCAGGCGUGAGGAUGGAUGCCCAGUUGGCAAUCAGUGAUGAAGAAGACGGGAAGUUCGCGGUCAAAUCGAGGGCUUAGGCUGGGGGCGUUCCUACUUUUGAAUUUUGCCAUCUAUGGGUUGAGUUUGUGUUGCUGAAAGAUACCCCACAUUCGUUUGCUAUUACCACUAUUUACUGGUCAGGAUGAUGCAUUGGUCAUUGUUGUCGACGGAGUAGUCUCCAU